AUGCCUUCAUCAAGCGACCACAACACAGACAAAGAGCGCCGCGUCAUCGGCAUCUUCAUCUACUCAUACAUCCGUCUUUUCCACGCCGAGCAACACCUCCUCAACAUCCACCUCCUGUCCGCCUUCGCCGCCGUCCUCGAAAUGGAAGAAGCAGAUCUCGAAUUCCAGCUUGAAGAUCAGGAAGGACGUAAAAUGGUGCUUGCCGAAGAAGACAGACUUGCCAGAUUGAAGAAUGGUACCAAGAGCGCUAUUGUGCAUUCGGCUGCUGAGCUUGUGGAGGAUGUGGCUAGGGAUACGGUUGGCGAGUUUGGUGCUAAGGAGCAGGAAGUCAUGUUUGAGCUUGCUGGGGUCAUGUAUGGCGCUGCUCGCAAGCUCAAGUCGCCCAACAUUGAGUGCAUCACUAUCGCCGACUGA